AAAGGCAGCCGCGGCACCUCGCACCGGCCGACGGACACUUCGCCGCGACGCGCCACCAACAUGCUCACCCGGGUCAAGUCCGCAGUGGCUGGGUUCAUGGGCGGUAUCAUGUCCGGGGGCAACUCCGGCGGAGUGGGCAACACUGGUUCCGAGCUGCCACUGAAAUUCCCAUAUAUGAGACCCGAGUUCCUUGGACUGUCCCUGGAUGAGAUCGAGUGCUCCGCGGACCACAUAGCUCGGCCCAUCCUCAUCCUGAAGGAAACAAGGAGAUUACCGUGGGCCACCGGAUACGCUGAGGUGAUUAAUGCUGGUAAGAGUGCGCUGAAUGAGGACCAGGCCUGCUGCGAGGUGGUUGUAGCGAGAAGGAGGCCAAUGAGCUACUGCCCUCCCUCCACGCCCAGCAAGACCCCCACGGCCAAGAGACGCAACUCCCUUCCCAAUGGAGAGGGACUGGGGCUCCGUAUUGACCACAGCAAGCUGGGAGAGGACAGUGAAGGACUGGUGUUCCACUACUGGGCCUUGUUCGAUGGCCACGCUGGCUCAGGUGCAGCAGUUGUCGCCUCCCGCCUACUGCAGCACCACAUCGCCUGCCAGCUCCAGGCCGUCAUCGAGAUCCUACGCAACGUUGCUUCUUUGCCACCGACCGUCCUGGGUGAGGAGCCCGACAACAACCCUUACCUCCAAGGAAACACCCCAGGCCCUCACCGAGCCCUGACCCGGGCCGCUUCUCUGCGCGGGGCCUCAGGUGCACCAGGUUCCCCGAGCAACACCCCGCCUCCACCACGCUUCUUUACUGAGAAGAAGAUCCAGCAUGAGAGCCUGGUGAUAGGGGCCAUAGAGAACGCCUUCAAAGAGAUGGAUGCCCAAAUUGAGAAGGAGAAGCAAGUCUAUAACAUCACAGGAGGGUGUACAGCUCUCACUGUGGUUUACCUGCUAGGAAAACUAUACGUUGGGAAUGCAGGUGACAGCAGGGCUAUCAUUAUUAGAAACAAUGACAUCAUUCCCAUGUCGACAGAGUUCACACCAGAAUCAGAACGACAGCGACUCCAGUUCCUGGGUUUCAUGCAGCCUCACCUGUUAGGAAAUGAGUUCACGCACCUGGAAUUUCCCCGGCGAGUUCAGAGGAAGGAGGUGGGCAAGAGGAUGCUCUACAGAGAUUUCACCAUGAAUGGAUGGGCAUACAAGACCAUCAACGAUGAAGAUCUCAAGUUUCCACUGAUAUAUGGGGAAGGGAAAAAGGCACGAGUGUUGGCCACCAUCGGGGUGACCCGUGGGCUUGGUGACCAUGACCUUAAAGUUCACGACUCCAACAUCUACAUCAAACCGUUCCUUUCCUGUUGCCCUGAGGUUAAGGUAUAUAACCUGCAGCAGUAUGAGCAUGGGGCUGAUGAUGUUCUGGUAAUGGGAACCGACGGUCUCUGGGACGUUCUCUCCAACCAGGAAGUAGCCGAAGCCGUCACCACAUUCCUGGCCAACUGUGACCCCGAUGACUUACACAGGUAUACAAUGGCAGCACAAGACCUGGUGAUGCGAGCACGUGGCGUGCUGAGGGACAGAGGCUGGAGGAUCACCAAUGAGCGUCUGGGAUCCGGAGAUGACAUCUCGGCCUUUAUCAUACCGCUGAUGUAUGGCAACCGUCAGCCCUGAAGAGCCCCACAGAGAUGUUGCAGUUCAAGGACCUGGAGGGCGUGUAGGCUCUUAAACCAACAGGAUUGAUUUGAACUGAGAAUCCCCCUUCAGUUUCCUCAUGAUCAGUGCCGUUUGCACAUUUGUUUUCUUCCUUAGACCAAGGAUAUACCACUAUGUUUGGAUAUUUGGAGUUGUUGGUGUUUUGUAUCUCCAAAGGAGUCCAGAAUUUGUCGGUCACCCAAGUUGGCUGCUUGGGGGAACAGUACAGUCAGCUCUGCUUUGUUCGUUUAUUUUUUAAAGCCUCAAAAGUCUGAAAAACAUGAAAAUGUAGACACAUUGUUAUUUGAUUAGUUUGUGUCAUGAAUCAAAAUUGACAGAAAUAAUUUGGCCUGUUUAAACUGAACUUCUGCAGAGAUGUGAAAGCUGAAAUAGAUGAGUGCUCUUACAAAGUGGAGAAAAUACCUCUUUCGUACCUCUCUUGCGGUGCUGUACAUGGCCCAUCUUCUUCACUCUUUUAGUCCUCCCCUCUUCUCCUAUAAUGUACAGUCAACUUGUUUAUAAAAAAAAACAAAAAAAAACUAAUUCGUCUUGUGACCAUGGACCGAGCGGACUGGUCACCUGCGUUUUCUGUUUCGCCACAGUGUGGCUUUGAAGGAUUCACUUGCUGAAGAACUGCUUCCAGAUGCUUUUCAGAUCACAGACUGAUUGCAGCGAUGAGAUUUUGGCUCGAUCCCACGUUGCUGUUCCCAUUCUGAGCAUCUUGUUGUCAUUUCGAAGGCUUUCAGUUGGUAACAGCCCUGGAAAUCUUUUGUCACAUGGAAAUUUGGGAGAGGGUUUCACUGUUUCACGUGCAUUCAGUUAUGUUUUUAAGAAUGUGAAUGAAGAAAAGAGACAAGGACCUGAAGUUGACCAUCUCACAGUAGCAAGGCAAAUGAGCAAUCAGUUUUACUGUAGAGUGAAAGCUCUUCAGCCUGUAUGAAUCAACAGCGGGUACAUCGUUUGAUCUGGUUUAUUAUGAACAAAGUUUAAUAUGAAAAUUGGCAUUAUUUAACAUCUGCAUAGAAAAAGAUGUUCAGUUACAAGUCAUUAAGUCAUUUAAUCUGAUAUGGAGUCUUCACAUUUAAAAAUCAAUCUGUUGUUUAUUCAAUUACUUUGUGUUUAGUUGCAGUUAGUUGGUAAUUAGUCUCGCAUUGCCAGACCUUCCUCCACAGCGCUGCAAAGGAGGGUCUGGCGAGUCCAUACAGCAUACCCGGGAUGGGAGAAAAAUGUGCUCUGGUUAAUUGGUAUUUCUUUAAACCAAUCAAAAUUGUCUUGAGUGGUGCUAAGUGCCGUACGGAGCAACGGCACCUCUGCAAAAUAGCCUUGGGAAGGAACUUGUUUUGGUGGAACAUGUGUACGUUCAAAGGUUGUUUUAGUCGUGCAACAGAAAACUCAGAUUGGACAGAUAGUCUAGCUAGCUGUCUGGAUUUACCCUGCAGAGAUCUGAGGAGCAGUUAACCAUAGUCCUCAUAAAUCCACCGGAGUUUAAAAUGCCAACACAAAGAAAGCCCAACGCAACGGACAUCCGGCCUAAAUGAGUAAAAUCUGGCUGACUUUCCGUCGGCAAUGGAGCAAUCCCGGAAGUGGAACGUCGUGGAUCUAGACUAGUUGGUGAUUAACAUUCAUGGUUAUGAUGUUUUAACUUGGCUGGAUGUUUCACGAACGCAAAACGUUCAUGCUUCAACAUUUAGGGAAAUAUACCUAUUUAUGAUGAGAACAUCGAUACCACUCUCAUUUCUGUGCGUUAGGAGACCCUUAGCUUAUCUAAAGACUGGUAGCAGGGGGAAAUAGCUAGCUAGGGGUUGUUUGCUGGAAAUACACCACACAUGUUCGCAUGUGAGCUUUCCAGGUGCUGGUAGGCGCCUUUGCACAGAGCCAGGCUAACGUUUCCCGCUGCUUCCUGUAUUUAAGGCUGUAGCUAACUUCUUAUUUAGUGUAAAAAAAAAAAAAAAGUGAGGCUGGUAUCAAUGUUCUUAACUAACUCUCAGCAAGAAAGGGAAUAUGCUUGUUUCCCAAAAUGUCAACCAAUUCUUUUUUUUAAGUCAAUAUUUUGUACGCUGUACACUGUGUGGAUAUUUAGUUUUUCAAGAAAUCUCUUUCACACUUCGCUAAAUGCCUCAGUUUUAACAAAAAAAGAAGUGACAACUUCUAAACAUUAGAUUAUGACUUCUGCUCGCACUUUAAACCACAUCAUUUAACCAAGAAGCUAUGAUAUAUGAAAUGAUGAAGAUGCAAAUAGUCCCUGUAGCAGGGAGGAUUGAAUUCAAUGUAUAAUUCUAAUUUUAAAAAGAAAAUCAUGAUAUACAAUCAAAGUCAAUCAGAGCAAAAGUUUGACACAGAAAGAAACUGAAAGUUUUCUUUUGCUUUAACUUGUUUUGCAUGUUUCAUAAGCUUUAGAUACAUUUGUCUUUUGAGGGACAAGUUUGGGAGUAACAAUACUGAGUUUGGAUGUAGUAAUUUACUGUGUCAGUGCAUGCAGUGGCAUAUUGUAGGCCUGGGAAUAUGAGCAACGGUGCAAUGGUUUACACUGCUGUUUUGUAUAUUGAUUGAAUUUGUAUUUCUGUAAUGUAUCAAAGUGGUUAGUUAGUUUGUGAAUGUGCACAGACCAUGCAUUAUUUAUGAGGUUGUUGUUCCUUUAGAAUUGUUAGCAUCCUGAACAGUACAAGGGUAUGAUUCAUUGUGAAGGAAGGGAAUGAAAUGCUAAUGCUAAGACACACAACCACAUUUUUUUUGCACUUGGACUUGAGAGAGAAAAGCGAUCAUAGAGUUCUGCUUUUUUUUUCUUCCCUACAUUAUUAUUCUGCAUUCAUAGAGGCUACAAUCCUCAGCCAGCCACACUAGGUUGAGAUGCAGGGGAUACGACGUAAUCUUGGGGAAGUAGAAACUUAAGACUUCAGAGAAUCAAUAAAAAAAAGGUCCUCAUUUUUUUAAAGUUUGAUUCCAGACUGAGAAAACAAAUUAUUGACUGCAUACAAUUAAAACCAACUGCAACAAUUUUAAGUCCUUGAUGACAAAAUAAACAGUGAUAGUUUAGUUUUAUGAUUUUUCUUUUACUCAAUAGUGGACAUGUAGAGUUUUGGAGUUGUGCUGGUUUACUUUAGGCCAGACUGUAAAGUGAGAAUAAGUCCCUUAUUUCAUAAGGCAAUUUUGACUGAACCCAAAGAAAUUAAUUUGGAAGUUGUGCAGUGCCAGGAGGAGGAAGUCAUUUUUAACAGAAUAGUUUUAGAUUUUGAGACACACACUACCUUAUUUUCUGGCAAAGCACAUUUCCUGAAAUGUCCAACUUUUGUUUUACGUCACAUGAUAUGUGCCAUUGUGUAGCAUGGGCUAUUUAUCAUCUUAGCUUUGAAUUUUUUUUGCAGUUGACAAUUAUUGACAUUCCUCCAAGCAGCAGUCAUUUACAUUUGCAUGAAGUUCAUAUAGUGCACUUUUCCUCCUGUACAUUCCAUGAAAAAAGUAUUUAACUUAAAAUGUCUGUACUGUAAUAUAAUCAUUUGCUGUGCAUCUGUAAUUCCAUCAUAUAAGCUAUUUGACAGUUACCAAGUUUUUUUAUUGUAAUUUAACAAAUAUCUAGUUUUCUUUGUUGAGUCAAAUCUGUCUGCCGCAACCUAAGCAUUGUCUUAGCAUGCGUCCCAGUUCAACAGAGCGGUUUCAAACAUCCAGACUUAAUCCGACAUAGAGUGAAUGUUUUGAACUGUAAACAUGUUAAGACAACUUCUGAAUGGGGGGCAUCAGAAUAUGUGUUGAAUGUUCAUCCUUAUUCCCGUCAUUAAGCCUUUUUCUCUUAUAUGAAUGUCAAAGAAUGAAUAUAUGAUUUAUUUUUGUCAUCCUACUGUACCACCCAACUGCUGCACAUCAACUCAGGUUCAAUUAUCAUGCGUAGUUAAAGUGGACAAGCUGUUAAAAGUGAUUUUCUUAAGGUGGGGAGUCCUCCAGGGUGGUUGAUUAGUUCCACUACAUUUGUAAAUACAUGGGAGAGGAAGCUCUUGAAAGUUUACUUUGUCCCUUCAGUCCGACUGUAGGUUUCCCUUUUUGAAGUUGCUGUAUUGUAAAAGUAGUCAAUGCUGUUGUUUUUUCUACCGUUAGACUAUAAGGUUCGUAAUGGGAAAAUGAGAAGAGCAGCUGGGAGUUUUUUUUCUGUAGCAGAGGAAGAUUGAAGUCCAGUGGGGAACCAUUUUUAAGUGACCAUUGUGCUACCCUCAACUUCUCCAUUUGUGAAUGUGAAAUGUACAUUUUGUAUAACAAAAAUAUAACUUAUAAAGUCAAAAAGAAAUAUUUUUAAUGUUUCCUUGUGCAACUCUGACUUUGGAGGGGAAAAACGCAAUGUUUACCUUCAGUGUUUCUUUUCCAGAACUGAAAACAAAAAAUAAAUAAAUGUUAAAGUA